AUGUCUUAUUAUGCUAAAGUCUCUUAAAACAAAUAUAUUCCAUUAGGUGAUGCUAAUAGAAGAAUGUAGACAGAAGCAGGAGAUGGAGAUGAAUUUGAUGUAUAGUAAGCAAUUCUGAAAGUCAGAAAUUUUUAAGAAAAAUAAAAGACUCCAUUAAGAAACCAAAAAUGUUAAAGUAAAUCACCAAUGAUCAAUUGCAAUGUUCCAAUUGAUUAUUCUCUCUAUACUUAUACAAACCUUUAAGUAAUUGGUUAAGGAUCUUUUGGUAUUGUGUAUAAGGCAAAAGCAAAUGAAACUGGUGAAAUAGUGGCAGUAAAAAAAGUAUUAUAAGACAAAAGAUAUAAAAAUAGAGAAAUUCAAAUACUGUAGGAAUUAAAUCAUCCUAAUGUUGUUGAAACUAAACAUGCAUAUUUUUCUUAUGGUGAUUGUUCAGAUGAAUAAUAUUUGAAUGUUAUAAUGGAUUAUCAACCUGAAACAAUACAUUCCUAUAAUACUUAAUUUCUUAAAUAAUAGCAAAUGAUACCAUAAAUAUAAACUAAACUUUAUUCUUAUCAAUUACUUCGUGGUCUAGCUUAUGUACAUACUAAAGGAGUUUGUCAUAGAGAUAUCAAACCUGAUAAUAUAUUAAUAAACCCUGAGUCUAAUAUACUUAAAUUGUGUGAUUUUGGAAGUGCUAAGAAAUUAAGUUUAAUGGAAUAAAAUAUAUCUUAUAUAUGUUCAAGAAGUUAUAGAGCACCUGAAUUAUUAUUUGGAGCCAAUAAUUAUAAUACUUAAGUAGACAUGUGGUCUGUAGGUUGUAUAAUAGCAGAAAUGUUUAAUGGUUUACCAUUAUUUCUAGGGACAUCAGCUGUUGAUUAAUUAGUUGAAAUUAUUAAGAUUUUAGGAUCUCCAAGUAAAGAAGAGGUUUUAUCAAUGAAUAAAGAUUAUAAUAUCAAAUAAUAUAGUAUAAUUUAAAUUAGAAAGAAAGAUUGGGCAAAUGUAUUUGUAAAUGAAAUUGAUCCUCUUGCAAUUGAUUUAGUAAGUAAAAUAUUAACAUAUUGUCCUAAAACAAGAUUAUCAGCUAUUUAAGCUUUGACACAUAGUUAUUUUGAUGACUUAAGAGAUGAAAUAACAUAUAAAAUUUAUGAAAAAAAUAUAGAAAUUCCAAAUUUAUUUGAUUUUACAAAAGAAGAAUUAUAAAAUAAUUAAUAAUUAAUCAAUAAAUUAAUACCUAGAUGGUAUGUUAAAAGAAACAAAUAAUGA